GUCCUACUGAUUGGGAUCUGCAAUGGCUUCCAAGGAUGCGCAAAGCGCAGUGACCAUCUCGAGGACCGCAAAAGAUGUCCUGUCAGGGACGGCCGGAGGCAUUGCUCAAGUCUUGGUCGGGCAGCCCCUGGAUAUGCUAAAGGUCCGUUUGCAGACCGCAACUCACGGUACUUAUUCUGGUAUGGGCGACUGUGCUAUGCAGAUCAUCAAGAAGGACGGUCCUCUCGGGUUCUACAAGGGUACCCUGACACCCCUGCUAGGUGUAGGUCUCUGCGUCUCUAUCCAAUUCGGCGUCGUGGAAAGAGUCAAGCGAGAGUUUGCCUCUAGGAACGCCAGGGCUGCAGGCGUACCCGAGGGCGCAGAGUCGCUGUUGGGAGUUGGACCAAAGGCCUUUGCCCUUACUAGUCCUCAGCUAUACACCGCCGGGGUGUCCGCUGGAGUUGCCAAUUCCUUUGUUGCAGGGCCUGUAGAGCACAUCCGUAUUCGCUUGCAGACCCAGGCGACUAAGAUCUACAGUGGCCCACUGGACUGCGCUAGAAAGAUCGUCGCUUCUUCCGGCGCGUCUGGUCUCUUCAAAGGUAUGGUCCCAACCCUGUUCAGAGAAGGUCACGGCAUGGGCAUGUAUUUCCUAGUCUAUGAGGCAGUGGUGGGGUACAAGCUCAAGAAGGACAACCUGACUCGUGCCGAACUUCCGGCCGUGUGGGCCAUGCUGGGAGGCGCCAUCUCAGGUCCGGCAUUGUGGGUGAUGGUCUACCCUAUGGACGUGAUCAAGUCGAGGCUGCAGACGGAUGCUCUGGACAAGGGCAAGCGACAGUAUCAAGGUACAAUAGACUGCGCCCGGCAAAUCUUCAAGCAGAGUGGAUGGAAAGGCUUCUUCAGAGGUCUAGCCCCCACCCUUGCCAGGGCACCCAUUUCGAAUGCCGCUACCUUUGUCACCUACGAAUUUGCAGCACGGCAUCUAGAGGCCUAUGUCAGGUAGGCCGCCCAGCUAUCAGCUAUAAGAUGCGACAGUAAGUUAUUGGACGUUGUUGUCAUGCCUGAGAGCGGAGCACUGCAUCCUUCAAUGAAUCCCUUGUGUCGCUCCGAUUCCGGAAGCCGCACGCUGUUCUUGAUCCUUGUGACACGCGCUGG